ACAGUUAUGGGGUCUUCCAGGACGUGGGAUGGAGCUGGUCUCAGCCACGCCCCCUUGCGUCAGAUUACUGCAAGUAAAAACUUGGGUAAACGUCACCUCGCACUAACUGGCUGUCGCCCAUAGUGAAUCAAUAUAUCGCUAUCAUUUCCUGCUGUCACUGUUAUUUAUUUAUUAUUUGGCCGGGACUAUGGCUGACGACAACGAAGAUGCUGAAAUGAAACGAGCCCGAAGUCGCGAACGGCAGUUAGCUUUGGAGAACCCAAACACUGACAUUGGCUUUUGUGGCAGGAUUCUGGUUGGGCUCUCCCUCAUUUUCCUGCUGAUUACUCUGCCCAUCUCCAUAUGGAUGUGUAUUGUGAUUGUGAAGGAGUACCAGCGAGCUAUUAUUUUUCGCCUGGGGCGCCUUUUGUCAGGAGGAGCCAAAGGACCAGGCUUGUUCUUCGUCUUGCCGUGCACUGACAGUUUUAUUAAUGUGGACAUGCGCACCGUCACCUUUAACAUCCCACCACAAGAGGUUUUGACCAGAGACUCUGUGGCAGUGUGUGUUGAUGGCCUGGUCUACUAUCGGGUCCAGAAUCCUACUCUGGCCGUGGCUAAUGUCAGUAAUGCAGAUGCUGCUACGCAGCUUUUGGCCCAAACCACCCUGAGGAAUGUUCUGAGUAACAAGAACCUGGCAGAGAUUCUGUCGGACUGUGAACACAUUGCACAUUUUAUGCAGGUCACUCUGGACAAUGCCACAGAUGACUGGGGAAUCAAAGUGGAGCGGGUGGAGAUCAAAGAUGUGAAACUGCCCCCUCAGCUACUGAGAGCCAUGGCAUCUGAGGCUGAGGCCACCCGUGAGGCCCGAGCCAAGGUGAUCGCAGCAGAGGGGGAGAUGAGCGCAUCGCGGGCGUUGAAGGAGGCGUCCCUGGUGAUUGCAGAGUCUCCGUCAGCCCUGCAGCUGCGCUACCUUCAGACCCUGAACACCAUCGCUGAAGAGAAGAACUCCACCAUCAUUUUGGCACUUCCACUGGAGAUUUUGCCGAAAUUCAUCAAUACAUGAGAAAGUGUCUAAAAAAAAGAAAAGAAAUGCACAUACUCCCAGCAUGCAUCACUGAGCACAUAUACAUGUGUAAUCAACUUCAUUGCCUCACCGUCAUUACAUCUGACAGCAGCCAGCUUAUUUUCACAUAGGUUUAAUUUAUAACUUCUUUUUAUUUUUUUCCAACUUUAUAAUCAAAGAAAAAAAGUGACACAAUCUAGGGUAUCAUCUCCUAGCCCACAGGCCUUCUUUGAGAAUUUACCCUUUAUUACAAACCUGUGAAAUUUAGCAUAUUCUCUGUUUAUCAGAGCUGGAGUUGAAUAUUUGCUUUGCCUCAGGUGCUCUGGCAGCUGCGGGUAGCUUCAGCCAGCAGUGGCAAUGCCCCGCAGUCAUCUUGGUGUGUUUGCCAAUAAAUGACCACUGAUUCAAUAUAUUAUAUAACAUAUAUAUAAUAAUAUGUAGUAUGAGUUUUUAGUCUUAGCAUAACCUUUAACUUGAAGUUGUAUUUAUUUAAUUGAGUUUUCUUUAGUUUUUGUUUUAAGUUGUUUAUUUAUUUAUUUAUUUGCAAGUUUGUUCAUUUAAAGCUUCAGAAAGUGUCCAAGUAUCAGGAAGCUGAAAAAAUGAGUUAUAAUUGAUCAUAUUCUUUCUUUCAGCGUGUAAAUAUUUAAACAUGUUUGAAUUUAUAUAUUGUGAAAAUGACACGUUCUGUUUUAAUCUGUUGUUCUGCUUUCCUACUUUUAACAUAAGUGUUUGGACUGUUUGACCAAGAAGUGAUUUUUGCCUACAGCCACAUGUUGUUGUUGCCACACAGAAGAUUUCUUUGUUAGGAAAGGGAAAGGUUGUUCGAUUUUACUUUAGUAAGUCGUAUAGGUUUCUGUUGUGGUAACAAUAGUGACAUUUAGGGAAUUUUGAUACAUAUGGAAACACAACCAGUGGACAACACUGUGCUGCUGUGUUCUCUAAAGACUGUUUGAUUGAUUGUUGUCCAGUUUACCAGUUUUCAUUGUAAUUUAAAUGAAUUUGUUUCUGUAAAAAAAAACCUCAGACACAUGAAUGACUUUUUGAAGUUUCGUUCAGGAUUAAUGCCUGUGUUUGCUUUGUUGUUGUUUGUAGCACACAUUCUUUUGUGCAGUAUGAUUUGAUAUGAUUUUAUUUUGAGUUAAGUGUAUAUGACUAAAUAAAUCUGAAA